AAUUUGCGAGUAAGCUGAAAAAAAUUGUUUAUAAGCGAACGAACAAUUGUUUAAACGAUCAUUAAGUCAUCUAAACAGUUUCUAUUCAGUUAAAUCAACAAUCAACAAAUAAACCAACAAACGAAAAUGUCUAAGGCUAUUUUCUUAUCCGCUUCUCUCCUCGUCUUGGUUAUCGUCGCAAGUGCUUUUGAACAUGGACACGGAGGCCACAGUAACACUUACAGAAAACAAGAUGGAUCAGGUAACUACAAAUUCGGAUAUGAUAUUGUUGACCCAAAAGGAGCUAAGAACUCACGACAUGAACAAGGUGAUGCUUGGGGAAACAAACAUGGUGAAUACAGUUUGAAAGAUGUCGAUGGUCGAGAACGACAAGUCCAAUAUAUCGCUGACAAGGCUGGUUUCAGAGCUCAUCUUAAGACCAACGAACCAGGAACUGGUAAUAUCGAUUCUGCUGAUGCCAUUUACAAUGGUGCUGAUCCUCAUGGACACAGUAACACUCAUGUAACAUCAGGAUGGGAAAAUCAUCAUGGUGGUCAACAAGGAGGUCACCACAAUGGUAACCACCGAGGUCAACAUUAAGUUUAAAAUUACCAAUUUCUAAUGUCGUUGGCUCAUCAAAUCGUAAUUUAAAAUCUGUAAUCAUAAUAUUAAUAAUUACAAAUGUGAUAAUUUAUUUUCUAUCAUUUAUCGUAAUAAACACUAAUCGAACUUAAAAC